AUGGAUGUCCAGAAGUUGGCCAAACAAUCUUCCAAAAUCUUCUCCUAUUUCGCCUGUCUACCUACCCUUAGUCAGGCUCGUAUUCGCAACACUCCAUUCUCACAGCGGAAGUCAACCUCUCUGAUCGCGCUGCAGGCCAAAUGGAGUCAAGUGGAUAGUCUUCGCCAGGAUCGUAUCUCCGUCCUACAGGAAUACCUCAUUGAAAGGUCUUCGUUUGACCUGAUAUUCUCCGGAGCGCAAAACUUUUCGUCUAUCGGAUCCUGUUUUCCCCAUUCCGAGGGCUGUAAGCAGCUGUGGGAUAUUGAAUGGUGUGGUUCUACCGGUGACUGCACCUCCACUCGUAGAGCCCUUUUUGUGCAGUACGAGCUGUCAGCCAAGGGUCUGAGUGAUACUGCGGCAAUGAAGGCCACGGCCCCCAAGGCGGGAACUUUUGUGCACAUAUUUUCUGAUGGGCGCCAUCUCAAGACCAUCCAACUUCCCACCGAAAAGACCGAUAAGGACGAGCCCCUGCACGGUCGUGUUUGUGCCGAAGGUGCUGCAUCUGUGCCCUUCAGUUCUUGCAGUUUCUCGCCUGACGGAAAGAAAAUCCUCUUUUUGGCAGAAGCUGUAAAGCCCAAAUCGUCUUCGCUACCGAAUGGUGUAAGUGUGUCUAAUCAGCUAUCAUUGCAACCCCUGCGCCGACCUUGCCAAUACUGCAAUGUCGUUGGCUGUAAAUUUUGA